AUGGCUCCAUGGUGGUACACGGCAGGCAGCGCUCUGGUGCUAUCCCUUCAGGCCGCUGCUUGGGAUUAUUCGACCUACAGCUCGAUAGACUUCCAGCCCCCAAAGCUCGAAGUCAACAAGACCGGCACUACUGAUCCCGGAUACAUCUUCAUCGGCCCUCGGGGAGGCGUCCAGGCCGCGGGUACGGCUGCGCUGAUUUACGAUGAUGCGGGAGAUUUGGUCUACGAGGGACCCGAGGAGAUAACAGCCAACUUCAUGGUGCAGAAGCUGUUCGGUGAAGAUGUCAUCACCUACUGGGCUGGAGACAUGAUGCAUGUCGGUUAUGGAUACGGCACAGUGCACAUCCUCGACAACACCUACAAAGAGAUCUACACGGUUCGUCUGACCGGGGACUUCGUCACCCCAGAUGGCUCGACCAAGGACUCCUACUGUGACUUACAUGAGAGCCACAUCACUCCUCGUAACACCCUCAUUUGCACCGCCUACAAUGUCACCCAGCACGACCUGACCUCCAUCAACGGAACCUCUUCGGACUGGAUGCUGGACAGCCAGUUCUAUGAAAUCGACGUCCGCACGAACCACGUCAUCAACUCGUGGAGUGCCCUUGACCACGAGGCCGAUAUCCCCAUAACAUCCUCCCACCAGGGCCUUGGGAAGGACGUCGGCAGCACCCAGGAUAACCCCUACGACGCCUACCACAUGAACGCCAUCACAGUCACCAAUCACGGAUACCUGGUCUCUCUUCGUCACAUGUGGUCCGGCUACUACCUGGCGCAGAACGGCAGCGUGAUGUGGCAAGUGAGCGGCGAAGACGGCGCAGACUUCAAGCAGGUCGGAAAGGCCGACUUCUCCUGGCAGCACGACAUGCGCGUGUACAACGAGACCGACAACGGCCUCGUGUUGAAUCUCUUCAACAACGCCAACACCCCAACCGACGAGCAAUCCGAGACCACGGGCCUCAGCCUAGAUAUCGACCUAUCCAAGAAAACAGUCACGGGCCUCCGUGAGCUGACCGACCCCAGCGACCCCAUCCACUCGGUCAGUCAGGGUAGCUACCAGCUUCUUAGCGAGACAGACAGCCAUGUUUUCAUGGGCUACGGGUCUAUCUCAAAGGUCAAGGAGUUUGACGGCGAUGGCAACGUCGUUUUCAGCGCUCAGUUUGGCGAGGACAACGACGUCGCCUCCUACCGCGGCUACCGAUGCCAGUGGACAGCCACUCCCUUCUGGAAGCCCUCAGCCUCUGUCACAAACACCACUGACGGUGCAACGGUGUACAUGAGCUGGAACGGAGCUACCGAGUACGAUAAUUGGGUGGUCUAUGCUGCUGCUUCAGCCUCGUCAAGCAACACCACUAAAAUUGCUUCUGCGAAACGAACUGGCUUCGAGACCAAGGUUGACCUGACCAACCCGCCCACCAGCUUUGUUCAGGUUGUUGCUCGCAAGGGCAGUGAUGUUCUCGGAACUUCCGAGAUUGUGUCUUUCUAA